AUUGACAACUGUCUUUUUCACCUGCCUCCUAUAAUGCUAAUGCCUAGGACAGCCCUUCUGCCAUGUCCGCAAAGGACAAAGCCUGCUCUUUGCAGGGUUGAUUAAGUGAAUAGAAAAAAAAAAAACAAGAAAAACGAAGCUGCUUUCCAAUAUUGAAGAUACAAGGCCAGGAUGAACACGAAGGACACAAAAGUGACUGAAGGAGGUCUCAAUGUCACACUUACCAUACGCCUUCUCAUGCAUGGCAAGGAGGUUGGAAGCAUUAUUGGAAAGAAAGGUGAGACAGUCAAGAAGAUGAGGGAGGAGAGUGGUGCUCGAAUCAAUAUUUCAGAAGGCUCCUGUCCAGAGAGAAUUGUGACAAUAACAGGCCCAACAGACGCAAUUUUUAAAGCUUUUUCUAUGAUUGCACUAAAAUUUGAAGAGGACAUAAACGCUUCAAUGACAAACAGCACGGUGACAAGCAAACCACCCGUAACACUGCGACUCGUCGUCCCAGCAAGCCAGUGUGGAUCCCUCAUAGGAAAAGGAGGUUCCAAAAUCAAAGAAAUCAGGGAGUCCACAGGAGCCCAGGUGCAGGUAGCAGGGGACAUGCUGCCAAACUCGACGGAGCGCGCAGUGACUAUAUCGGGCACUCCUGACGCCAUUAUCCAGUGUGUGAAACAAAUAUGCGUGGUUAUGCUGGAGUCCCCACCCAAAGGUGCCACCAUCCCCUAUCGUCCCAAACCUGCCUCUGCACCUAUCAUUUUUGCAGGUGGCCAGGUAAGAGCAGACACCAUUUUGGCUUCAGCUGGAAACCACACCGUCUUGGCCCAACCUCAGCCAGCGCCUGCGUUCACGAUUCAGGGGCAGUAUGCCAUCCCUCAUCCAGACGUGAGUCCAGUGCAUUUGACCAAGCUUCACCAGUUGGCUAUGCAGCAUCCCCCCUUUACUCCCCUUGGGCAGACCACCCCUGGUUUCCCUGGACUGGAUGCCACUACUCCAACCAGUUCCCAUGAACUUACUAUUCCCAAUGAUUUAAUAGGCUGCAUUAUUGGCAGACAAGGCAGUAAGAUAAAUGAAAUCAGGCAGAUGUCAGGAGCGCAGAUCAAGAUUGCUAAUGCCACAGAAGGCUCCGCAGAACGACAAGUUACAAUCACAGGAUCCCCUGCAAACAUCAGCUUAGCACAGUACCUCAUUAAUGCAAGCUUAGAGAUGGCUAAAGUCAGCACCCAGACCGCUUCCGUCACGACCCCUGUUGACCUCAACAUGAACCUCUCUCAGUCUGCCACCCCUACCUCCACCCCCACCUCCAUGGCCGUGCUGGCGGCCGCCUCCGCCGUUACCGUCAGUACCCCCCCUCCCCUACCAACUCUGCCAACCACCCACUAUGCCGUUCCUGUCUCCAGUCUGCUUGGCAUGAAAACUGUCCCACUCCUGGCACUAAAUGCCGCGGCCGCCGCGGGGGCCACGGGGAGUUUGUCCGCUUACACUGCCAAAAUUCCUUCGACGAGCGGGGUUAAGAAAUCUGACCGCCAGAAGUUUGCUCCAUAUUGAAGGGAUGAGACACAAUGCAAGCUUUGCCAGCUCUACCAAGAGUCUGUGGUAGAUCCUAGUUAUCAAGGAAACAAUACGGCAUCUUUUAUUUUCUGUUAAAUUGCUAGUGUUAACUGUUGCCGACUCAAGUCGUCUUCCACUCUCCAUAACGACUAACACCACCUACCAACUAAUUCCAACAGCGGGCGGGCACCAGCCUGGGGCUUUCCCCCCGCUCCCAGCACUGUCCCCCUACCAGGCCCACGACCCGGGCUGGCUCUCCAGCAGCCCUGCAGCACAGCAGGGUUGCCCCACCCCAGCCAGGAGACACCUGAAGAGAGAGGAAAAACAUAAAUGAGGCAAAAUUUUGACAAGAUGGGUCCUGCUCCUGCAAUAUUGCCUGGCAUCUAAAUACACUUCCAUCCUUUUGAAGGGAUCCCUCCAACUGCAGAACAAUUUUCCAUGGUAAAUUGGCAACUCCAAUAAAUCCUUUUUUUGCUAGAGCCAGCAAAUAUGGCACUUCUGAUGAUUGCUAGCCCCCCUGAAAUCCCAUGUGAAGUGCUGGCCCCCUUGGCCAUUCUGCUGCUCUCAACGGGCCUGAAGACUCCCGUCUUCCCUGCCCGGAUACCUGCCUGUGAGCAGGACAUGGGGACCAGAAGGUACCAAACCUCAGGUAUGCUGUGUAUAACAAAUUAAGCUUUCUGAUCUGAGAAAAACUGCUAAAUUAAAAUGAUUGGGAGACAACAAGAAAAAAAAAAAGGUAUCAAGCACUUGUGCCUUUCCACUCCGUUCUUUUAAAAGAGCGCGACAAUUUUUCUUUGGUUUGGAAAACCGUAAUUUUAAGAACUCCGCUUUAGGGAGGGAGAGCAGGCUCCUCCUUUUGCACUCGUAACUCAUUUACUUAUGUAUACACCAACAAAGUACUUCUAUCUGCAAGUACUUAAUAGCAAGUACAAAUCAGACACGCAUAGUCACAGUUCUGGUAACCCCCUUCAUAUAUUUCGUUCAAACGACCACUUUUCAUUAGGUUUCUGGACAAAAUACACCUCUGUUUAACUCAUCUCUAAUCAUGCAAUGGGGUUGUAUUAUAAUUACAAAUAAUAUCUAGUGCUUAUCAAACGACAUUCAAAGGCUGCUGCAUGGACAGAUAACAUCUCUUUAACAAGAACUUAACAAUGUUCAGAUUAACUAAAACUAAACACCUAAUUGCAGCCAAAUUGAAGAGAGCUGGGUGAUGCAAUGGCUGGUUGCUAGCUGUUGGAACUAGUUUUUAACUGCAUUUUCUGUUUGUCCAUCCACCUUCUUUUUAAUUUCUGUUGCAUAACUCAGUAAUGCAAUAUUGUUUUCCUCACCACUUCCGAAUCCAGAAUCCCAUCAGCCCACCAUGUUCAUCCACUUUGCACUCCUUGGACACAAAGCUUUAACAAUUGAACUGUAUUCAGUGCAUUUUAAUAUAAACUAAAAACACAAUGCAAAUGCAAUACUUUUUAAGACAUGGUAUUUCAAAGUGUGUUAUUAUUGUAUAGGGCUAAGUGUCAUUUCUGUAUUCUGUGGGCUUUUCUUCACCUUAGUACCUUUGCACUAAGUUUUGUCACUGUAACCAUUUGUAGAACUGCCAUUGUUA